CAGAGUUCAGGAAAGCAGUCAGUUCUGUAAGCUUUGCUGUGUGUGUGUGUCUGUGUGUGUGUGUUCUCAUGUGUGGGGGGCGGGCACGGUGUCCCAGGAGGACAGAGUUUGCAUUGAUGAAACCCUUCCCAGCCCUUUGAUGCCUCCUUCCCUUUGCCCUGAAGUUCAGCAGCUCAGCCCUCGGUGCACCCCGCUCGCCGGCCGCGCUCGCUCACGGGCUGGGAUGGCGUUCCGUCUGGCCCUGCGCAUGGCGCUGCUGCUGCUCUCCGGGGUCCUGGCCCCUGCGGUGCUCACAGCCGAGGGCCCGCAGGAGCCCGUGCCCACCCUGUGGAACGAGCCCGCCGAGCUGCCAUCGGGAGAAGGCCCAGUGGAGAGCACCAGCCCCGCCUGGGAGCCGGCGGUCAGCGGCCCGCCCGCGCCCACCGCUGCGCCGAGCCCCGAGGACAGCACCGCGCGGGAGCGUCUGGACCAGGGCGGCGGCUCGCUGGGGCCCGGCGCCAUCGCGGCCAUCGUCAUCGCCGCCCUGCUGGCCACCUGCGUGGUGCUGGCGCUCGUGGUCGUCGCGCUGAGAAAGUUUUCCGCCUCCUGAAGCGAAUAAAGGGGCCGC